CCUGCCUGCCUGCUAUAGUCAGUCAGCUAGCCAACCAGCCAGCCAAAGUAACAGUAGAUACAAAGUGAGUGGCGAAUGUUCAAGUGUAAGGUAUUUCCACUAAAUUUGCCGACACCGCGAGGCAGUUGUGUUCGACCAUUCAACCAGAACGGUUCACUUUCAGCGACUUUAGACGCGGUCCGCGGUUCUACUGGAUCCUUCGCAUCCCGCUUCUGCGUUAGUGUGUGCAUAGUUGUAGAUCUUCAAACUGCUGUCAACCCCUAUCCUACCGGUCCAUGGCACUCUCAUCCCUUAAAUCCGUGCUCGUGUGUCAGUUGUGUGGUAUCCGAUUGAGUCAGGUUGUUUUCUCGAUAGGGUCUUGAGCUAGCUAGCUAGCUAGCUGGUUAGCUUACCAGUGACUUUGCUUGCUACUCAGCUGAUGAUGAUGAUGAUGGCGAUAUGGGGAUUUGACUUUUAGUUUUUUGUUGUUGUCGAAUGCAGUUCAGAGGAUAAACAGUGACAACCUCCUGCCACCUUGAGAUGCAAAGCAGAGUCUAGAAGUUCGACGACGAUCGAAUUGUGCCGUCGUGCUGUGCUGGACCUUUUGGCCCGAGGAAGUUGUUUGUGCAUUGCUGGCGGUCUCUAAUGAGUGUGUGUGUUUUCAGACGAUAAUUUUGCGUUUCACGAUCGAUUUAACGGAUAAUAGAGUUUUAGUGGUACCGAAAAGUUGGUUGGUUAAGGAGAGCAAAACAAGCAAAUGAACCAGUGCAGAGAAGCUCCGAGUGAGUGCUUGAAGGUGGACAUGGAGCCAAACUGGUUUUCGAACCGAGCAGUGCUUAAAGUGUUUUAACAGGAUUGCAAAUAAAAAAUAUGCGGUUCAAAUUAAAGUUCAUUAAAAAUUGAUAGUGUACGUGAAGCGGUUGAUAGCGAAAACAUGUCCUUCGGCGGCGUAAAUGCAACUUUCGCUCACAUGUGUUCUGGUCGGUGGCUUAUCGUACGAUAGUCGGGGGCUGAACGCACGUUGCUAGCGGUUUACGCCAGUGGGCUCGAAACAGGCUUCGACGGGUAAUCGGCAACUACAACAUACAUUGAGGCACAAGAAGUAAAAUUAUGCAACUCUCGCGCUCUCAACCCGUUGUGCGGCCCCGAAGAGCAGCAAGUCCCAUUGAUGUUAGCAAUUAUUGUCAAAAAAGGGGAGAUAAGUGGAAAAAGCCACUUGAGUACCGCCUGAAAAAGGGCAAGCAAGUGUAGGUAAUGCAGUGGAUAAAUCAUAAAUUCAUGAAAGACAGCCUCAGCGGCAAACAGUGACAGUGAGUCGCGCAAAAAUAAAACCGUCGUGGAAAAAUGGGUGAAACGCAAAAAUGCGGGAGAAAUGAAGCAUAAAUAAUCUACCGAGUGGGAGAAGGCGAAAAAAGGCGAAAUGAAGUGCGCUUGAUGUGAUUACAUGAAUGAACGGUUGUAGAUGAAUAAUAAAUAAGACGCGAAGUAGUAACAGGCGCACGUGGAGUGCCCAAGGUUCCGAAGUUCGCAUGUGUCAGAUUGAGAGAAGAGAAUUAUAAUCGUACUUAAAUUUAUGCACAUAAUCGUGUGUCAUGUAUGUUAGUUUUUUUUUUCAAGCUGUGGCUGCUGUCCGUGGAAAAAAAAUGCAUUACGGCGAAACUGUCGGAGGUGCGCGUGAAUGCAAAAGUGCAUGCAGUGAUGAUCGAUAAAAGAAAAUUACUCGGUCUUAGUUGACAAUCGGGAGUGUCAUCUUCGCAAGAUUCUCUUAUAGACGCGUCAAACGUGUAAUGAAAUGGUAAAGCAAAAUGUGCAUGGUCACGCUGUCGCUGUUCUAUCGAUGUCACCACAAAAUCAACUCAUGUUGAAGCUAAAAAUUAAAUGACGUCGAAGUGAAUCAAUGCUGACGAAUGUGAAAACGUUCUGUUGAGGAAUGCAAAAAAUGAUGAAUUUUUAUGAUGCCUUUUUUUCGAUUGCCGUUAAUGUUCGGCGUCUGAGUGCAGUCGAAAAAAAAAACUGGUGAAUGCUGGUAUCUGCUAGACGGUGUAUGCAGUUAGUGAACUAGGUAUGGAUAAAAAAUUAAGUUGCUUACGGACGGCCUCUAGAUUUUCAGACCAUUUAGUGGAGAGCUACUGACUGCCGUUUUUGCGGCCAACUUGUUGAAAUCAGACCCCGGAGUGGGUAAGUGAGUGAGUGAGUGAGUGAGCAAGUGACACCGCACGUAACCGCACCGCGCGCGCGCGUCCAUCUGAUCUGGUGCCGCCCGUUUUUCCGCGUCUUUCGAAGUUCGGAGUUCGGUUGGGAUGUGGUGCGGUUGGUGCUAAUUCGUUAAGCGCACGUCCAACGCAUAACUAAUCCGGACCGGGCAGAGCAAGCAACUAGUGUCUGACGGGGGAAAAGGAGAAAAAAUAUGAAAACAAAAUUUCGACGUUUUUUACUACUGCUUUCCAUUGGUAGUGGCAAUAAUGGUGCUAGUGGCGAUUACUGGUGGUAUAAUAAUCGUUUUCGUUUAGCAUAUAUUUACAACAAGUGAUUUGGUCAACGUCAGCCCGAAACGGACAAUUUGUGCAGUCGGUAGUGCGCGAUGGCUGUGCGAUUCACCAAUCACCCGACGAUGAAGGGUCACGUGGUGCUGGUGCUGCUGAUAUUGUUACUGUUCCAAAGCUUCGGCCGGGGGGUAUACGGGUUGAGUCCCACACUGCAGACCACCAGCCAGACGAAGAUGAUGCUGAAGGAAAGCCUACUGAUCCCGUCCAUGGACUCGGAGAAGGAAGCCAAAGCGAUGUACGAGAAAGCACUGCAGCAGUACGGCAUCGUGGGCCGAACGUUGAAGGAGAUCUGCAAGCCCUGGCAAACGAAGGGCUGCCAGUGUGUCGGUUCGUCCGAAGAGGUAGCCCUGACCUGCCGGGGCAUCGGCCUGGAUAUGGUUCCGGUGGAUUUGCCAGCUGAAGUCGUUAAACUUGACCUCAGCAGCAACAACAUUUCUAGUUUACCAAAUAAGUCGUUCGACACGCUGCCAAAACUAGAAGAAUUAAUCCUUUCCAACAAUAGGAUAGAACAGAUCGAAGCCGAAGCUUUUUUCGGUUUGUCCGGUUUGAAAAAACUCGUGCUCCAAAACUGUGGCCUCGCACACAUCCCGUCAGAUGCCCUGCGACGAGUUCGUACUAUUUCGUCCCUACAGCUGGACAGCAACCUGAUAACCGGGACGGAAAAUGUAACCUUUCGUGGGUUUAACUAUCUGAAGAGUUUGAGACUGGAAGGCAAUCUGCUGCAACGGAUCCCGACGGAGGCGUUGAUCGGAUUGAGAUCACUAGAAGCUUUAAAUCUAGGAAAUAAUUUAAUAAGUAUUAUUAAGGAAGGAGAUUUUCCACUUUUGGAGAAUUUACACAUUUUAUUAGUCAAGAGGAAUCAAAUAAGUGAAAUAACUUCCGGUGCUUUAACCAAUUUAACUCGUUUAAAAGUUUUAGAAUUAGAUGAUAAUGUGCUAAGUUCAGUGCCUGUUGGCUUGGAAAACCUCGGGAUGCUACAAGAACUGUCAGCAUCCGGCAACCGAAUCCGAUGGAUCUCAAAGGAUGAUUUUCCCAAAAGUCUAGUCACGCUGGAGCUAAAGUCCAAUCCGUUGAUUGGCAUGAAGCCAGGUGCACUGCAGAAUAUGCCUCGGCUUCGAAAGUUAAUUCUUUCCGACGUCCGGGGUCUCCAAGAACUACCUCCACUAGAUGGCUGCGUUUCGCUGGAAGUACUGCGAGUCGACCGAGCCAAUCUAACCACACUACCUGAACAUAUUUGUAAGACGUCGCCACGCCUAAGGAGUUUAGACUUCAAAUCCAAUAGAUUGCGAAGCAUUCCAAAUGUAACAAACUGUCGCGAUUUAAGAGUUUUAGAUUUAGCCGGUAAUAGGAUAAGCUCGCUCCACGGAGCUCCCUUCUCUAGUCUGGGUCAGCUGCACGAUCUGCUCCUCUCGAACAACGAAAUCGAGUCGGUUCCGUACGAUGCAUUCAUUGGCCUGUUCCGGUUGCAAGUAUUAGACUUGGAAGCAAAUCGCAUUUAUUUCAUCCAUCAGGACGCCUUCAGGCACCUAGUCAAGCUAGAAGAUUUGAACCUCGGUAAUAACAUUUUCCCUCAUCUGCCUACGGUCGGACUGUCCCGACUGUUGCAUCUGAAAACGUUCAACAAUCCGAACCUGCGGGAAUUCCCGCCACCGGAAAUGUUCCCGCGCAUCCAAACUCUGGCUCUGUCCUACGCUUACCACUGCUGUUCGUUCCUGCCGUUGAUGGCGAGCAUCUCCAAAGUUCCUAAGCAUCAUCCCAUCAAGGAAGAGGUCCUCUUUCCGAGUGACAACGAGUUCGAUAUGACCUUGUGGAACAAUAGCUACAACGAUCUGUGGCCACAGCUUCAAAACCUCAGUAAGAAGUUUGGCACUCAAAUCAACGAUUUGCUACACUCAUACGGUCCGGAAUAUUAUCCCGGUGGUAUGCCGACCUAUCCGGAGGAGUACUUCGAAGAGGAGGGAGGAGUAACGCAUGCGAUGCCAACCACUCAACCAACUACCGUCCAAUGUCUUCCGGAGCCUGGUCCGUUCAUGCCCUGUCAGGAUUUGUUCGACUGGUGGACGCUUCGGUGUGGUGUUUGGGUAGUGUUUCUACUGGCCAUGCUCGGCAACGGAACUGUUGUGUUCGUUCUAAUAUUCUCCCGAUCGAAGAUGGAUGUUCCACGGUUUUUGGUGUGCAAUUUGGCGGCAGCUGAUUUUUUCAUGGGAAUUUAUUUGGGAUUUUUGGCCGUAGUCGAUGCGUCCACGCUGGGCGAGUUCCGAAUGUACGCGAUCCCGUGGCAGAUGAGUGCGGGUUGCAAACUCUCCGGAUUUCUGGCCGUUCUGUCGUCGGAACUAUCCGUUUACACUCUGGCUGUGAUUACCCUGGAAAGGAACUACGCCAUAACCCACGCUAUGCAUUUGAACAAAAGGCUUUCGUUGCGGCAUGCCGGCUAUAUUAUGACCGUCGGAUGGACGUUUGCCAUCACGAUGGCGAUUCUUCCGCUGUUCGGAAUAUCGGACUACCGCGUGUUUGCCGUUUGUCUUCCGUUCGAAAUCAACAAUGGAACCGGAAGUCUCGUUUACGUGGUGUUCCUCAUGUUCAUCAAUGGGUUAGCCUUUCUCAUACUGAUGGGAUGUUAUUUGAAAAUGUACUGUGCCAUACGGGGUUCUCAGGCGUGGAAUUCGAACGAUUCACGAAUAGCCAAGCGCAUGGCACUGCUAGUCUUUACCGACUUCAUCUGUUGGUCUCCGAUUGCAUUCUUCUCGUUGACAGCCGUUUUCGGGCUACACCUCAUCUCUCUGGAGCAGGCCAAAGUGUUCACUGUUUUUGUGCUGCCUCUGAAUUCCUGCUGCAAUCCGUUCCUGUAUGCCAUUCUCACCAAACAGUUCAAGAAAGACUGCGUUCUGAUCUGCAAGGCCAUUGAGGAGUCCCGUGUUACACGAGGAAUCGGUCGAUGCCGGCAUAGUUCUAAUUUCAGCAAUCGACACACACCGGCCAACACCAACUCGCUCGUGGAAAGAUCUUCCCGCGAACUGCCUCCGUUGCUUCCGGGACAGAUGUGUAAUUGUUCGGCGAAGCUAAUGGAACAGGAGAACUUGCGCCGUCGCUUCCAGGAGGAGAAUACCUUCUCCAAGACAUGGCGAAGAUUACUGUGCAAUCUUGGUCAAAGGGGAGACAACCGAAGAGGUGGUCGCAAUGGUGAUCAGUACGCCUACCAGAUUGCUGAAAUACAACAGAAGCAGCACAAACGGACCGGGUCCAUGUCAUCCAGCGAGAAUUUCAGCUCAUCGCGAUCGGAUUCGUGGAGGAAUGCUCAACAUCACUGUGGUAUUCCACUGCGCCUGUUGGAUCCCAAACGGAGACACACUUCGUGGUUGAUCACUCGAAAGACUUCGCAGGAUUCCAAUCUGUCCAGUUCGCGAAAUGAUUCCUCCGGUUCGACGGCAACACAAAGCACCGGAACGUGGAGGAUAUCGCGAUCCAGUGCCAGUAAUUCAGUGGUUCUGCCGGGCGUGAAGAUCGAUGGGGUUUCGCAUCCGCACCAUGCAGGUAUCCCUCGCCAAUCAGUUCCUGGCGGUAAACCCCGUCUCGUGCGCCAAUCCGCCGUCCAAGACGACUCUCAGGAACUGUCCUGCUCGCCACCGCGACUAGCCGUUCGGUUUCUACCGACGAUUCCAUCGGCAGCCGAUAGCAGUGUACAGUUGGACGAUGACGCCGUGGAAACCAUCUCUAGUCCGACUUGCAGCCACAGCGAACACGGAACGAGCGGGGCUGGCGGCAGCGGUCCACUGUCUCCGUCACCAUUCUAUGCCAUCCUGCACAGCGGCAAUCCUCAGGCGGCUGUAUCUAGUCUUAAAGAUAAAACAAAACCACCGUGAGCCGAGUGCGGUGAGGGGCUUUAGUUCUAUCGAUUUUGUUUUUUAUUAAAACGUUAGUUCAACGUGUUUAGUCAAUGUUCGGUAGAUAGCCAAAUGGUUCGUUAAAUUUGGGAUCGGUGACAAUUGUUGCAUCUAGAUAAAUUCUUACGGGAAACAGCCAUACAACUUGUAAAUAUUUUAUAACUACAAAUGUUAAGCGAAUCCGAAACCGUGUGAUACUAAAAUGAAUACUUUUUACUGUCUAGAGUAUUUGUAAUAAUUUAUUUCCGAUAAGGACAGGUAAUCAACAAAUGUACGGGGCAUUCAAUCAAAACUCAGUCAGGUCCAGCAAGCGAAACCGGAAGCAAGCACGACGCACGCAUUUUCACUUGGCCUGCUUUAGUUCUAGUCAAAAAUCAUCGCGAACGCCAGUAUGCUUGCGUACGAAAGCUCUCUCUCGUAUGCAACAACUUGCACGCCAGCCGCUUCGUAAUGGAAGCGCAACGAAUCGUUUACAAUGUUCCGUCACAUCUUGCAGCAGUGGUCCUACAACCGAAGUGAAAAGCUCACAUUGUGCUUGCGAAAAUGAUUUUUCCCAGCCGGAAAAUUUCCCUCCCUGAAGCUAGAAGGAAAAUCUGCUGCCAACAGCUCAAAUUAGUACAGUGCAAAACCAAAUAGAACAAAACUCGUGUGAAAUUCACCGUCCACAGACAAUAAUGAAUCCUUGAACCCCGAACAAAUAAGUCUCCCGUCAGUUUGCAACAGACAAAUGAACAAGUAAAAAUGUUUAGAUAAUUAUACCGAAAGGUGAGAACCAAUGCUGCCAAAAGAAAUAAAAAAAAGUAAAAAAAAAAUACACGAUGAUGAACGCACUGUGGAUCAAAAUGUUGAAUCAAAUUAACAACACUGCCAUUCGAAUCGAAAUAUCUUUAAGUUGUACAAUUAGAACAAAUUUAUGUAUACUUUCUAGGAAGGAUGGAGAGUGAUUUGCAUGAUAUCAUUGAACGAAUCGAUUUCCUUUAUUGCGCGAUGGACAAAUUCAGACAGAUUUACGAAAAUCAUUCAACUUUCAGCAGUAUUAUUUUGCUAAACAAACAUAAUGCAUACCUACAACUUCUAUUGUAUCGGUUAUGUCGGCAAGAAAAUAAGAUGUUACAAAUUUAACGAAAACAAACAAAAUUAAAAAAAAACAUAUAGACAAUGUACUCAACUAAGCAUGUGGAAACGAUUUCUAGCAACUUUUAAUCGUUGUUUGUUUGUUGCCUGUUGUGUAUGGAAGCGAUCAGAGUGUAGAUAAUGCGAACCGAGAAACAAGAUUGAUUUAAUAGGAAGAAAGAAAGAAAGAAAGAAAGAAAGAAAGAUGUACAUGAACAAAAGAUAUAGACAUUAUAUAUUUAUUCCAAAUACUAAUUUUACCGAUCUCGAUAACUUCAAAAGUUAUCGAAACAACUUUACAUAAGCGAAUGAAUAAUAUUAAGCGAUAAAGAAACAUUGUGAA